AUGGAUAACAACAACAAGAUAACUGAGCUAACUGAACUAACAGAGAUAACAGAGAUAUCUGAACUAACUGAGCCAACUGAGAUAACUGAACUAACUGAGCCAACAGAGAUAACUGAACUAACUGAGCCAACAGAGAUAACUGAACUAACUGAGCCAACAGAGAUAACUGAACUAACAGAGAUAACUGAACUAACAGAGAUAACUGAGCUAACUGAACUAACAGAGAUAACAGAGAUAUCUGAACUAACUGAGCCAACUGAGAUAACCGAGCUAACCGAACUAACCGAGAUAACAGAGAUAACUGAGAUAACUGAGAUAACUGAGAUAACAGAGAUAACAGAGCUAACAGAGCUAACAGAGAUAACUGAGAUAACUGAGAUAACAGAGCUAACAGAGAUAACUGAGAUAACUGAGAUAACUGAGAUAACAGAGAUAACAGAGCUAACAGAGCUAACAGAGAUAACUGAACUAACUGAACUAACAGAGAUAACAGAGAUAACUGAAGCUAACUGA